CGAUUUUAGACAUUUUACACUUUGGAUCUCUCACUAUACGUUGUUGAGCCAUAAGGGUAACAGGAUGCUUAAAUACGCAGUGCUGUGUAUAUUGGUGGCAGUGGUGUGCGGAUCUCUCAUUAGUGAUGAUGCAACAGAUAAAAAUAAACUUGAUAAAGUUAUGGAUGAUUUUUACAAAUGGAAAUUGAAGACCUACCCGACGUUUGCAACAGGACAAGGCGUUCAUGAUUAUGACGACAAACUCACAUCGUACAACUAUACAGUGUUUGAUGGGCGUAGGGAAGCGUGUAUGGGAUUUCUACAGCGGGCGAAAGCGAUAAACAGAACAAGGAGUGAUCUAAACCCACAAGACUUAGUUAAUCUUCACGUUCUCAUUCAAGAUCUAACAUCAUAUACUGAAGGAAUCAGAUGGAAAAAUUAUGGUAACCUGAAUCCCAUAACCUUUCUUGAAGGGAUCCAUAGAAGUCCAGGGGGUUGGGUAAAUGCGAUGUUCAGAAACACAACUAAUUUGAAAUUAACAUUUGACAACUAUUUCAAGAGACUUCAAGCUGUUCCGGUCAUGAUAGAUGAGCACAUCGAAUGUAUGCGCCUAUCCAUAAAACUAAAUACAACUAAUAGUUUCUACUCCAUGGCCGCUGUUCCGGAGCAGAUGGAGGGAAUAUUUGUGAAUGUGACCCAAACGAGAUAUUGGUGGCCGAUGAAUGACACCCUGGACAACACAACUGUCUUCAAUGUAACAGAGAAAGAGCAAUUAAGAUCACGAGCUACAGAGCAGAUUCAGGAAAUAUUGUCAAAAUGGAAAGAUCUGAAAACAUUCAUCGAGGGGGAAUAUAUGAAUAAUACACGCCCUGAGAUUGGAGUGACUAGCUUUAAAGAUGGCGUUGAAUAUUACAAGGCAUGUCUGAACUGGCAUCUAACAUAUGAAUCUACUGCUGAGGAAGUACAUCAAAUAGGAUUAGACGAGGUGAAACGCAUUCAAGGAGACAUGCAAAAAGUAAUGACAAAUGUCGGUUGGACAGGUGAUUUACAAGGAUUCUUCGCACACCUGAAAAACAGAUCAGAGUUUUACAACCACACAGAGGAAGACCUAUUGAAAGGUUACCAAGAUAUUAUAGACAAACUGAUCAACCCAAAGCUGCACCUCGUUAUAAAAAAUGAAACGAUACCAACUGAACCAUGCGUGGUCAAGAGAAUGCCGUAUAACGGUCCCUCUGGUAGCUAUGGUGGAGGAACAUUCUGGGCCAACACGAGGAAACCAACAACACGGCCAAAUUUUACAAUGGUCGCACUUGCUUUGCAUGAAGCUAAUCCCGGACACCAUCUUCAAAACGUGCUAGCAAAAAGUAUAUCAAUUCCCAAAUUCAGACUAUGGGGGAGCGGAGGGGGAUACUACACCAUUCCUUUCAACUUCCCAUUUUAUACAACAUACUCGGAGGCCAAACUAUACUAUGAUUGCCCUUGCACUUCAUGAAGCAAAUCCGGGGCAUCAUCUACAGAUAACAACAAAUGACAAACUUCCUAACCCCGCUUUUAGGAGCCAUCUAUGGUACCAAGCUAGCUAUGCCAUUCCAUUCAAUUUCCCAUUUCAUACCACUUAUAUCGAGGGAUGGGGAUUGUACUCGGAAUAUCUUGGGGAAAAGGGAGAGUUAGAUGUCUACCCAACUCAGUAUGACUUAUUUGGUCGAUAUUCUUCAGAAAUGUUGAGGGCUUGUCGAUUGGUAGUUGACACUGGCAUGCACGCACUAGGCUGGAGCCGUCAGAGGGCCAUAGACUACAUUGCUAAUCUUACUGCAGAGCCAAUGAAUGACAUCAUUGUAGAGGUUGACCGUUAUAUCACUUGGCCUGGACAGGCAGUCGCAUAUAAGAUUGGAGAACUGGCUAUAAUGCGGAUGAGAGACAACGCAAAUAAAACAAUGGGUAAUGCGUUCGACAAAAGAGAGUUCAAUGACGUCAUACUGAGAUCAGGAAGAGUACCAAUGUCGAUUCUCCAACAGCAGAUAGAUGCAUAUGUAGCGUCUGGCAUAAGAUCCACCAGUCAACCUUCAACUGACGUUCAGUCAACUACGAAAGGAACAUCUGGAGCAGGCAUUGCAAACUGGACAUUUGCAGUUAUGAUGACAUUAUUCGUGCAUACAUGUACACUUAUAUCAUGAUUUUCAAAAUACUAUUUGACUGUAAAUAAUGAGAUGACGAUCAUGUGACCCUGUUUUGAAAUUUAUGCGGAAAAACGACAUUAAUAAGCAAAUGGUUGUAUUAACCCAAUAUCUAGUUUAAAAUUGUUUUUCCAAAUAUAACUGUUAAGUAUCAGUGUUCAC